AUGAAGUCAAUCACAGUCCUUCUCCUAGCCGGGCUCGCCGUGGCCACCCAAGAAGGCGGUGCCCAGGUGGCAGCAGGCAACGCAACCGACAUCCAGCAAGGCAACUCGACCGGAGUCAACCAAGGCGCCGACGCCAACGCACAGGCAGGCAAAGACAACAACAAUAACAACAACAAUGAUGAGAACAAUGCAGCGAAUGCUUCGGAUGUCAUUCAGGUCCAAAACGGCCAGCAAUGCAUCAACCUUGAUUUGCAGAACAUGAACCAGGGUGGCCUGAACCUCGGCAGCAUCAACCUGGCCGACCCAAUCUCGCUGGCCUUCGGAAUCGACAGCCUGAUGAACAGCUUCUGCCUCGGCGGGAUCGUCGAUCUGAACACCCUCCUCGCCCUCGGGGUCCAGCAGCAGCAGCAGAUGUUCCUCGAGCUCGCCCAGCUGGCCCAGCUACAGCAGCUUGGCGUCCUGAACGUCUUCGGCGCGCAGAACCUGAUCCAGUCCAACCUGCUCUUCGGCGGGGCGUUCAACGUUUUCAACGCCGGAAUUAUCAAGCGUGAGCCUGGUGCAAAGCUGCCCACACUCAGGGAGCGCCGGGAUGACAUGAUCAAGAGGCAAUGCAAUGUUGGGCAAUCCGCCAACAUCCAGAACCUGCCGCCUUGCCAGGCCGAGAACAAUGAUCAGCAGAACCAAGAUCAGCAGAAUGCGGACGAGAACGCUGACCAGAAUGCUGAUCAAAAUGCGGACGAGAACGCGGAUCAGAAUGCGGAUGAGAAUGCUGAUCAGAACGCGGACGAGAACGCUGAUCAGAAUGCUGAUCAGAAUGCGGAUGAAAAUGCUGACGCGCAAGCUGGUGAAGAGGCCAAGGCCGGCGAGGAAGCUCAAGCUGGCGAGGAAGCCCAAGCCGGUGAGGAGGCGAAGGCUGGCGAGCGAGCUCAAGCUGCCGAGCAGGCCCAAGCUAGCUAG